CGGCGUGCUCUGGUGUUAUUUAAAGCACUAUAUCAUGUAACUAUACUGGUGCUUAUAACAUACGGCGCACUAUGUAACACUGGUUACAAUGACCCUUUAUUUCUGCACCGGAUUAAAUGCAGCCAGCCCAGUCCACUGAUUGGACUACACCCACCUAUGUGAGGCUUUCAUGCGGCCGAAAUGUCCGUAGCCUAGACUUUAACGAAGGACUAUACCCCUCUAAUUGUUUCCGAUUCAAUAUCCAUUGUGCACGAAAUAAGAACCCCAAAACAUAAGAUAUCUCCAGGGUAUGAGAAAUUUUGUUUGGUCAGG